ACAAUCCUUUUAGUAACCAUAAGAAACGGUUGGUAAUGCUGGCAUGAUAAUGCGGCAUCAUGGCGUUUACAUUGUGGACACUUUUUGAAGCAAGUUUGUUAUGUCUAAAUGCAGUUUGCAUUUUGAAUGAGGAAAGAUUCCUCGCUAAAGUUGGCUGGGCAUCAUGGCAAAAUGUGCAAGGAUUUGGAGAACCUCCAACAGCUAAAUCACAAAUAUUGAAUCUUAUUAAGUCGAUACGAACUGUGAUGAGGGUUCCCUUGAUAUUCUUUAAUAUCUUGACAUUGAUUGUGAAGCUUAUACUUGGCUGAGAAGGAAGACUUGCAAUGUAAAUAUUGAAAUAUAAUCGGAAGAUACAACCAGCCGGAUAAGAUGUGCUCGGCGCCUUCCUCCUUACAGAUCUACGGAUACAAGUAACAGGAUGCUCUCGGAAGACCCGGAUGAUUUUCCCGGUAACUUUCUCCCCUUCCUCGCUUUCUCAGGACGAAAGAAGCGCCUUUACAGAAUAAUCAAUGGCUAUUACAUCGGAUUCGCAGCAAUUUUUGAUAGUGUGUGUAUAUGCGUGGGCUCGUAUACACGUGCGUGCGAGCAGUUACAACUUAUUAUUAAAUGUGACUUGCACGAACAUUCACGUAUUCAUUGUAAAAUGCUCUUUCCUCUUUGAUUCUAUUGAACUUCUUUCUUGCAUUUGUUGUUUGAAAUUUAUCAUAAUAAAAAAUGUGCGUGUAAUGCGUACUUUGCGAAAGA